AGAAGCCAAACAUCACAGUGGAAUAUCGACAUUAGCAUCAUCAUGGCAGAGGAGCAAAAGGAUUGGUACACGGUUCUGGGUAUAGAACGAACUGCUACCACUAAAGAGAUCACAAAAGCAUAUAGGGUCAAAGCUCUCAAAUACCACCCAGACAAAAAUCCUUCUCCUGACGCAGCCAAGAUCUUCCAUGAAUUAUCACAGGCAUAUGACGUUCUACUUGAUCCGGCAGCACGAGCUGCGUUUGAUAAUCUGCUGAGAGUUAAAGUCCAGGCUCAAGAGCGUACUGAUAAAUAUGAUUCUGCGCGGAGGAAAAUGAAAGAGGAUUUGGAGAACAGAGAGAAUGCAUUUAAGAAACAACAACAGGAAGAAAAGUUAGCAGCAUCUCGGAUGCAUUAUGAGAUGGAGCGACUGAAGCAGGAGAAUUACAAGAAACGAGCAGAGCGGGAGGCAGAGCUACUAAGACAGGCAGACGAGAUCGCAGAUGCAGCAGCCGAAGCAAGACUAGCAGCUCGCGAUGCUGAGGCAAAGUCAUUGGAUAGUACACUAAAACUUAAAUGGAAAAAGAGGAAGCACACAUUCAACACAGAGGAUAUUUCCAGCUUAUUCAAGAAAUAUGGAACAAUAGAUUCUUGUCUUUCAAAGAAUUCAGGAUCAGCACUGUUGACUUUCAAAACUUUGACAGGAGCAUAUGAGGCAAUGAAGGCGUUCGAAAGAGAAGAAAAAGAGCUCUUACCUUUUACAAUAACCUGGGCAGCGGGAGUCGAACCUAUUGCUGUUUCAACUCUGCGUUCGAAGGAAAAAUCAUCAUCUACACCAUCUUCCACUUCUAAUUCAUUAUCAACGUCGUCAACAGCUGGAUCCGACCUACCACCAUCGGCAUUCAACGUAGGCUUUGGCACAUCAUUCACUCCAGCAUUUGGAGGGGCUCGUUCCGACUUUGGAUUCUCACAGGCACCAAGUUUUGCAACACCACCAGCGUUUAGUGGGUCAGCAGCAUUUGCAGACGACUAUGAGGCAGCAACAUUAGCCAAGAUGAAGAGCAGGGACUUGGAACGGAAGCGAUUAGCGGAGGAAAUGAUGCGGCAAGAUCAAGAAGAGGAGGAUCAUCUUCGUUUAUCUCAAGAGUCCAAAGAGAAGAAAGUUAAAACAUAGCUAUUUGUUAAUUAGACUACUAUUAGUAUUUUCAAAUGUCGUUUACGUGUAGUUGAAC